AACGCAGUCCGGUCCGCAAAGCGCGAGGCUGUGGUUUCCUCCUCCACACACUCCCUCUGCACUCACACACACUCUCACUGUGUCUCAGAGAGCAGCUCAGCUCGGCGCGUGGGGGCUGCGGAGACCCUCUAUCCUUUUCUCUCUCUCUCUUUCUCUCUCUCUCUCUCUCUCUCUCUCUCUCUCUCUCUCUCACCCCCUGCAGAGACAGACCCGACAUGCCGCUCCUGAGUUUGAGAAGAUAGCUAUCACUCUCUGCACUGUGGAAGCGGACUGGAGCUGCUCAUCUCCAGCACAAGACGGAGAGAAGUUAACCAAACAAACCUUUACAGAGUGAAGAGCUCAGAAUCUUCUUUUGUGUCCACCACUGUGCCAAGCCACGAUGAGCGCCAGAUCAGCCAUCAACAAGGAGAUCUUCACACCGCACGAUGAGCGGAUGCUGGCGGCUGUGCAGGUGAAGAGGAGAACAAAGAAGAAGAUUCCUUUCUUGGCUACUGGUGGCCAGGGCGACUACACCACCUUCAUCUGUCUGUCGGUGACCAACAAGAAGCCGAACCAGGUGUCCAUCACGAAAGUGAAGCAGUUUGAGGGCUCCUCUUCCUUUGCCAGGAGAUCACAGUGGACCCUCGACCAGCUGAGGCAGGUGAACGGCAUCGACCCCAACAGGGAUUGUCCAGAGUUUGACUUGACGUUUGAGAAUGCGUUUGACCAGUGGAUGGCCGGCUCGUCUGGAGACAAGUGCAUGUUCAUUCAAGUCCUUCACAACACCUGCCAGCGCUACAGCGCAGAUAGAAAACCUGAAUUUGUCAACUGCCAGUCUAAACUGCUGGGAGGCAACAGCAUCCUGCACUCUGCAGCAGACAGUGUGACCAGUGCUGUGCAGAAAGCCAGUCAGGCCCUGAACGAGCGUGGAGAGAGACUGGGUCGGGUGGAGGAGAAGACUGGAGAUAUGAUGAACAGCGCCCAUCAGUUUGCUGAUACUGCACACAAGCUGGCCAUGAAGCACAAAUGCUAAACUGUGCCAAACCCUCAGCGGGCUCUGCCAAGGAUGACUGGCACAUGUACAGUGGAUGGAUUUUAGAUUUUAUCCUUUUUUUAAAGAAAAAUGAAGAUUACUAUUAUGACCUAAGAGCGUUUUUAAUUUUUACGUCCUCCUGACGUUUCCUGAAGAAAAGGUGAGUGGGACAUUCUGAAGCAGCUUUAGGUCACGUUCUCCUUCCUGGCUCUUGAUGUGCAGUUCUUAUCAGGAACACUGCAGACAGGCAGAAGAAGGGCACAGCUUUCCGGGAGAACUGACCACAGUACAACAUGAAGACAUGUAGAGCAGGGGGGCGCUGGAUUACUUUUGAACAGUUAAACUGGAAAAACCCAGGACUAAGUGAUUUAUUAGCCAUGACUUAAUGGGUUCACUUACUAUAUCUCCGUAUAUCUCAUCAUGUACUGUAUCCCAUUAACCAUGUAGUGUUUUUCAGACUUCCAUUUCCAUUUUUGGAGAGAGCUGAAGGUUACCUGCCAGUAUUCCUGUUUUAGGACAUGUGAGAUGUGUGGAAUAUUGCCCAAUUUACUCCAAAUAUUAAUAUCGACAUAUACUGUAAGAAUGGGUUUGGAAAAAUCUCUGAAAGUACAGCUCUAAAAUUAUACAUAAAAAUAGUUUUUGGACUUAGACCCACUUUACACAUGCAGUACAUACACAAAUAAGCCAUAACAUUAGCACCACUGAUGGGUUAAGUGGAAAACACUGGGUGUGAAAGGGUGGGAUAUAUUCGUCAGCAAGUGAACUGUUGGUUUGUUUUAAAAGCAAGAAAACUGGAUCUACACCACUUAGAUAACACCUCCAAAAUAUCAGGCAGGUGCAAUAAAGGACCUAACUUACAGGACUUAAAGGAUCUGCUGCUAAUGUUGUCUUAGUGCUAGAUGCCAGAGUUCUUGUGGAGUCUGUGCCUUAAUUCUCUGUUCAGUGUUAGACAGGUGGUGCUAAUGUUAUGGCUGAUUGUUGUAGAUAUGUGCUUAAGAAAAAUGAAAUAUUAAUUAAUAUGAUUGAAAUAUCAGGGUUAGUGAUGAGAUGGAAAUAGUCAUUUUUUCCCUUUAUGUGUAGUAGAGAUUACUUUUUGUGACCAAAAUAUGAAAUUACUUUGGGCCUGUUUACACCUGUCAUUAAUGUUUGUUUUGUAUCUGGAUAGUAUCUGAAUAAACUUUGACCGGAUUCUGUUUAACCAUGUUAUUAAAUUCUGAUUUUUUUUCCUGCGUUAAAACUAGAGAUAAAAAUCACAGUGUAUUUCUGAAUCAGUUUAUCUGAUUUUGCUAUUUAUAGGUAUACAUUUGAGUAAAAUGAACAUUGUUGUUUUAUUUUAUAAACUACAGAAAACAUUUCUCCCAAAUUCCAAAUAAACAUUUUGUCAUUUAGAGCAUUUAUUUGCAAAAAAGGUAAAUAGCUGAAAGAUGCAGAGCUUUCAGACCUCAAAUAACACAAAGAAAACAAGUUCAUAUUCAUAAAGUUCAGAAAUUAAUAUUUGGUACAAUAACCCUGUUUUGUAAUCACAGGUUUCAUGCAUAUUGUUCUCCUCCACCAGUCUUACACACUGCUUUUGGAUAACUUUUUUGCCACUUGAUCAUCCACCUUCCUCUUGAUUAUAUUCCAGAGGUUUUCAAUUUAGUAAAGUCAAAAAAACUUUUUCCAGAGCUGUGUAUUGCAGAACAGUUCUCUGUGAUACUUUACAUUAUCUGUGUUACUGAGGAGGAUGCAUGUGUUUUCAAUUGCAUUUGGUGAUCCAAUCAACAGAAAACAUGCAUUAAUGUCAGGUGUAAAAAGGCUCUUUCUGUACCUUUUAAUUGAACACAUUUUCACUAAAGAUGCCAUUAAUCAUAAUGUAAUUAACAGCAGUGAUAUGUAAUAUAUUAAGUGGAAAUAUCUAAAGGAGAAUAAGUAACGUAUGUUACAUACUAACCGUGUAUACUGCCACUAUGAAUGGGCUUUUAACAGUGUAUGUGAUUUUCUUAAUCCAGUAACCGUAUGCCGUCACCUGAUGUUCUUGUACGAGUGGAUUGUUUUGGAGGUCUGUGUUUGUUUAUUUGUUCUGCCACUUAAAAUGAGUGUCUCAUGAAAAAAUGCUUUUCAGAUGAGACAUUUGUAGAAUUUGUAACACAUUUGUUUGAGAACUUCAUGGGCAAACUGUGGUUAUUGUGAUGUUGAGAUUGUUAGUACGUGUAGCUCACUUUGUAAAAACACACCUCAGCAGAGACUGCUGCAGACCGUCACAUCACUGGCUGUGUGUAUGUAUGCGAGUGUGUGUUUAGGGGUGUGUGUGUGUGUGAUAGUUUACAGCUUUAUCUUGUUGAUUGCUCUUCAGCAGAAGCACGAGAACACAGUUUUUGUUGUAAUAAAAACAUGUGAAAAACAA